GCUCCAAUUCUUUCAAGUUCGACGUUCGACGUUCGACAAACAUCGACACGUCGUGAUGUCGAGUUUCGUUUGGUUUCGCCCCAAAAAAUAAGCACAUCAUUUGAAGUAGAAGUAGCUCAGUGUCAGUAGUGCUGUGAAGUCGUAACAGUCGUAACGAGAACGUUUUUUCAAAUUAAAGAUGAUGAAAUCGUUGAACUGUGUUGCAUUCAAACAAGGAUUAAUUAAUGCUCGAUUACAUUCGGCGGCAGCUUUUUGGCUGGAUAUUGAUUGUACUAAUAGCGACGUAGAUAAAUCAGCAUUAGCGUCUACGAAAGCUUUCAAACUGAGCAGCCCAAGGAGAAGUAUUAAUCCAUCCAAACAUGGAGUUUCGCUCAACAAAUUCGCUGAUUUUAUGGAAAGAGAUACCGUUUAUUCUACCAGUUUGGAAACCUCAAAUUACAGUAAGCGCUACACUGCUUCUUAGUGUCGAUCUAGCAGCUUCAUCUGUUCAAAAAGGUAACCUUAUUGCAUUUAAGCGAGCCCAUCAAAUUCCUCAGGGAUUGAUAUCAAAUAUACAAAUCAGAACUUAUCGCAACUAUUCUACUGAUUCUGGAAACCGUACUUCAAGCAAUAGGGUCGAAGAUAGGCUCAAAGUUUUUAAAGAUAUGCUUCAAGAAAUCCUAAAUGAAAAUGAUUUAUCGAAACGGUCCGAACUCGGUGCCAAUUUGUUGCUUAAAAUCAAAGAGUUGGUCUACGCAAUUGAAUCCUAUGAAGAUAAGGCAGAUCAAGAAUUGAAAGCUGCAGAAAAUAAGCUAUAUUUUGUAAAAUGCUGUGCAGCUAUUGAGAAGUUUGAAUUAGACUAUGGCAAAUCAGCAGUCCUCGAUUAUGUACCCGUAGCUGAACUAGCUCACCUUAGUUGUCUCGAACAAGGUACGAUUCUUCGCGCCAAUCUGUUAGAAUGGAUAUUUGAAAAUCGAUCCGAGGAGGACAGAGUUAAAACUUUGUUGGAAUUGGUGAAUGAUUCGAAAGAAUUCGAUAGUUUAGGGGUAUUCUGCAGGUGUAUUGCAGUGAUGCACGAGGAUCUUUCCAAAACCAUUCGAGGGGCGACGCUAACACUAGGUUUCCACCCGAAAGCUACUAAAGCACUGAGCAUUUUCAUGUCCGUGUUGGAAAACAACGACUCGGUUGUUGUAAAAAAGUAAUUAUAACCAAUAGAAAAAUGAUUAUGUACUGAAAAACUGAUAUACUCGUACGUAUACCAUAUUGAUUAACUGAAAAAAAUAAAAAUAGGUAAUCUUGAUUCUUAUGUAAGCUUUUCAUCCCAAAACCGAAACAAGGCUCUUUAGAGGUGAAGAGAGAGGCGUUCAAAAUCUUAAAAAAGUGUACCUAAUACUUUACUUGUAAGUGUCAUAAUAUUAUACGUUGCUGCUUUUUUUCUUUUUCUGAGAGAUAGAGAGACCUUGAUUCUCGUUUUAAUAAAAGUAUUUUUUUUUAAAUGUUGUAUUAUUGAAGAUCAAAAAACUUCUUAAAAAUAUUCAAAAAGUUGAGCUUUUACUUCUCAGCAGUCAGCAUUCGUUUUUUUUCAUACUGCUCACUUCAUGUAAAAUUAUGUAAUGUAUAGAUACCUAGGUAUUUGAGUUGAAUUGUUAAAUACGAUUACGAAUUACUUAUUGAAAUUGGUGAAUGAUUCGAAACUCCUGUAAAGAUCAUAAUAUUGCUAUACAUAAUUAAUAAUGAAUAUGUGCUAUUUUUUCACUAGUUCCAUUCUUCGUUUUAUAGACGAAUAUGUUUAUUAGGUUUUCGUACAUGUUUUAAUGUUCUUCGUAAUUUCUAUUUUAGAUGUAAUUUUUGGUACAAUAAAAGAUUUGGAAAAUA